GUUAACAAUCAGUCCAGCUAAUCAUCACUCAACUGGACCAUCUAGAUUACCAGAUCACCCCCUUGUCCUUAUUAUUAUCUUCAUCAUUCUUUUCUUUCUACUUCCGUUCUAACAUUUCCUCCCUGCCUCUACAAUCAAUCAUCAAGUCUCCUUAAGAGGGGAAAUAUCAGAGAGAGUUUAGGAAGAACAAGAAUACACUACAACCCCAACCAAAAUGUCUCUUAAUCGUAUCAUUAUUGAUACCGAUCCUGGUAUCGAUGACGCUCUCGCCAUUCUCUUAGCUUUAGCUGCAAAGCCGGAAGAGUUAGAUGUCAUGAUGAUUUCUAUAACUUAUGGAAAUGUUGAAGUUGAUAGUUGUUUGAAGAAUUGUGUAGCUUUAUUCCAUGUCCUUGAACAAGAAUUGAAAUGGCGAAAGGAGCGUGGCCAACUUGAGGGCUUUGAUGCAAUGAAGAAGUCAAAGCCUAUCGUGGCUGUUGGCGCUGAUCACCCACUUGAGGAUGAAAUGCUCAUGGCAGAUUACUUUCAUGGCAUUGAUGGUCUUGGUGGUGUUCAUACUAGUCACCCACAUCUAUCUCCCGCCGAUACUUGGAAGACACUUUUCCAACCUCCUCCCGAAAAUGCUACCGCUGAAGAAAUUGCUGAAGCCCGCCUACUCGCUUCUCCAUCCCCAUCGUUCACAGCUUCUCAUGUGCCUGCUCAUAAGGAAAUGCUUCGCUUACUUCGAGAAAAUCCUAAAGAUACAAUUACAAUUGUUUGUGUUGGACCUUUGACCAACAUUGCUUUGGCUGCUGCGGAAGAUACUGAAACAUUUUUAAGAGUCAAGGAGGUUGUAGUAAUGGGUGGUGCGAUCGAUGUAGAGGGUAACAUUACCCCUGUCGCUGAAUUCAAUACCUAUGCAGAUGCAGUCGCAACUGCCAGAGUAUUUGCCCUUACAGGCCCAAACCCAAUUACUACCAUGCCACCGGUACCUUUGAAUAAGUCGACUCUUCCACCAUAUCCUACGAACCUCUCCAGGCAACUUAACUUAACAUUAUUCCCCUUGGAUAUUACAACUCCACAUCAGUUAAUGAAAUUAGACUUCCAGGAGAAGUUGAAACCCCUCAUCAAAGCUGGAAGUCCUCUUGCAGAAUGGGUUUCUGUAUUUGUACACAAGACUUAUGAGAAAAUGAACUCUCUUGGUAGAAAUGCAACAUCAAACCCAGGCCUUGAGUUACAUGAUCCACUUUGCAUCUGGUAUAUGUUGACACGUUCAUCUCCUACUUGGAUGACUUUCCCAAGAGGACCAGAAGAUAUUCGAGUUGAAACAUCUGGUCAAUGGACUAGAGGUAUGCAUAUCGUUGAUAGACGCAUGAGAAAGAAGGCAGGAGUUGAACAAGUCAAGAGCCCUGGAGCUAUUGAUAUCAGAGAUCCAAUGGAAAGCAUUGCUUCCGUCGUUCAUAUUAAUAACGAUACUGUUGAUGUUACAGCCGAGGAGCCUGGAGAUAAUGGUGGCUGGCUCAGUGUUCAUAAGGGCAACAGAGUCAACAGAAUUGUUGGUACUCCUGGAGAGGAAGCUUUUGGACCUUACCUUUUGGAAAGAGUUUUUGGAUAAACUUUAUGGUUUGAAUACAUGGUACUUUUGGAUUACAGUACAUACCAUCACGUUGGAUAAAGAUGUGUUCUACUUAGAAGCUUAAUUUGGUAAAUAGAAAUUCGAGCUAUCUGAAAACUGCCUUGACGUGCUUUUUAAUUACA